AUGUCAUUCCUGAGAGGCCUCUGUCUUACAACUCUCGCAGGAGCAGUGAUACUGCAGCAAAAACUGGCAAAAGAUGACGAAAAGAAGCAUGCUCGCAAAUACAACAGAAACAUUCCCAUCUCCUGGGCGCCUCCUUCCAGAGAGAGAACUCUUUCGAGAAUAAAAGAUAAAAAGUACGACAUAGUGAUAAUAGGAGGCGGCAGCGUAGGGGCAGGGUGCAUGCUUGAUGCUGCGACCAGAGGCUACUCCGUGCUGCUUUUAGAAAAAAAUGACUUUGCAAGCGGAACCAGCUCAAAAAGCACGAAGCUAAUACACGGAGGAAUAAGAUACCUGGAAAAAGCGAUUAAAGAACUAGACUACAAACAGCUAUCUCUAGUAGUUGAGGGGCUAAGAGAAAGAAAAUCCUUUUUGAAUCUGGCUCCCUACCUGACAAGAGAAGUGGGCAUACUUCUCCCCAUCAGACACAAACUGACAGUGCCCUACUUCUGGAUGGGAACAAAAGUGUACGAUUUUCUGUCAGGUAGACUUGGCAUCCAAAAGAGCUAUUUUAUCGGAAAAGAAGAAGUACGAAAAGUGUUGUCCUCUAUUGACUACAAGAAAAUAGCAGGAGGCAUGGUGUAUUUUGACGGGCAGAUGGAUGACUCGCGGGUGAACACUAUGCUUGUAGAGACAGGCAUAUACUACGGCGGCUCUGCUAUAAACUAUGCAGAAGUAACAAACUUCAUAAAAAAAGAGAAUAAAUCUGCAGACGGAACAAAGGAAAACAGCUCGGAUAGAAUAGUGGGAGUCUCUUUUAAAGACACAGAAACAGGAAUAGAGCACACAGUCCAGUGCAAAGGCGUGAUAAAUGCAACAGGCCCAUACUCUGACACAAUAAGGAGAAUGGAUGUCCCAAAUAAGCCCAAGAUAAUAGUGCCCAGCAUAGGAGUGCAUUUGGUCAUGCCGGGGGCAUACACAGGGAAGCUCGGCAUGCUUAACCCAAGCACCAAAAAUGGAAGCGUGCUCUUUCUAAUUCCGUGGAAGGGGGUGUCGAUUGCAGGAACAACAGACAGAGAGAUGAAAAGUAUGGAAAUGCCAAAAGCAACGGAAAAAGAUGUAAAAUAUAUAGUCAGAGAAAUGGGCGAGUUUAUAGAGGGACAGAUAGCUCCAAAAGCCAAGAAUAUUCUCAGUGCAUGGGCAGGUAUUCGGCCGCUGACACGAGACACUGUAGAGUCUGCUGACUGCACCUCCAUUGUGCGGUCUCAUUUGAUUGACAGAUCAGAGACAGGCCUUGUGACUGUGUCGGGGGGAAAGUGGACAAGCUACAGAGAAAUAGCAGAAGAAGCCAUUGAUGCAUCUGCAAAGUUUUUUAGCCUGCCAAACAGACCGUGUGUAACAAAGUACGUCAGACUCAUAGGCAGCCACCAGUACGAAAGAAACCUUGCAGCAAAAAUAUCCCGAGAGUUCAAAGUGUCAGAGGACAUUGCAGCACAUUUAGUUUCAACGUACGGUGAUAGGGCACACAAAGUGUGUGUGUAUGCCAACGGAAAGUACGACAGGAUUGAUCCGAGGUAUCCCUACAUAAAAGCAGAAAUACCGUACUCAAUAGACCAUGAGCAUGCUAGAAAAGUGUCCGACUACAUUGGGCGCAGGAGUAUGUUCGCGUACUUGAAUGUAAGGCAUGCCCAUUCUUCGGUUCCUGCAGUGCUGAAAGAGUUUGCAGCACACAUGAAGUGGUCAAAAGUAAAGCAAAAAAGUGAAGAAAAAGAGGCAUACGAGUAUCUAGAUACAAUGGGGUAUGGCCUGCUCAAAAGAAUGGAAGAAAGAGAGGUUGUUUUCGACGAUUUCAAAAGCAAGCUGCUUAAUCAGUGCAAAAACUCCAUUUGCGAAUACUCUAGCGCAAAAAGAAUAAUUGAAAAAACUUUUGGACAGGGUGCUGGUUCUUCCUUUAACGGGCGGUUUAAGAAGGAUAGCCACCUGCCAAUGCGGGACGUAAUAGACAUCAUAAAAACACACUUCAACAUACUCCAGUAG